GGAGCGGGUCAGUCAGGUUAGCCGCGUCUCCAGGGCAACGGACGGUAUCAACAGGGACAGGCGGCCCAGUGCAGACAGGGAGACCCCACAACGAGAUAAGGGGAUAAAAGUGUGCCAUACCACAGAGCAUAAAAAAACAGGGAUCAUGGGAAAUCGACAAGGCAAAGGGACCUGUAACAGCGGAUGAUAACAUUUAAUUGAUCAGUACCUAGCACAGGAAGGUCGACGCACUCAUGCCGUCAACUGACCAAGAAGGGCUCGGGGGAACGGAUGACUAAAAAUGCACCUUUAUUUUUUUUUAACGAAAUGGUCUGCACCGAUGCUCAUGCGAAAAAGAAAACCCUUUGAAUAAGUAAACGGAAUCGUCAUUUUAAGAAAGAACAAGAGAUCCAAGACCAGCUACUGUAGAUCGAAGACUUCCCUUUUCUGGCAUCAGUACAAAUCCGAAAAAGUGCGGCGUCUCACCUUCAAUGUUUACGGUUUUUUAUUUAUUUGCACGCAGAGGUGAAAUUUUUAAUUCAAAACAUUGGAUGCGUGCGUCAAGAUGACGCAGCUGCUGUAGCCGAUCGGUCUGUUGAAGAGAGCGUCCAAAAAUUGAGUCCCGAAUCUCAGCCUGUGAGAGCAGGACAUUGAAAAGUCGCUUUAUUUUGUUUAAUUGCGGAAACCGACUUUCAUCAUGAAUGUCACAGCAGUGGAAGAUCACAUCUCUCUGAAAUAUGAGAUUAAAAGAAGACUUGGCAAAGGGGCAUAUGGAAUAGUCUGGAAGGCCAUUGAUCGGAAAACUGGAGAGAUUGUUGCGGUGAAGAAGAUAUUUGAUGCUUUCAGGAACAGAACAGAUGCUCAGAGAACAUUCCGAGAAAUAAUGUUUCUUCAGGAAUUCGGCGAGCAUCCCAACAUCAUCAAACUGCUGAAUGUCAUUAGAGCUCAGAAUGACAAGGACAUCUAUCUGGUCUUCGAGUACAUGGAGACAGACCUGCAUGCCGUGAUAAAGAAGGGGAAUUUGCUCAAGGAUAUUCACAAACGAUACAUCAUGUACCAGCUCCUGAAGGCCACAAAGUUCCUGCACUCAGGCAACGUUAUUCAUAGGGACCAGAAGCCUUCCAAUAUCUUGCUUGACACAGAUUGCUUUGUGAAGCUGUGUGACUUUGGUCUGGCACGUUCGCUGUACCAGAUCCAGGAGGAUGCUGGGAACCCUGCUCUGACAGAGUAUGUGGCCACACGAUGGUAUCGUGCCCCUGAGAUCCUCCUUGCCUCCACCAGGUACACGAAGGGGGUGGACAUGUGGAGCAUUGGGUGCAUCCUCGGAGAAAUGCUUCUGGGGAAAGCUCUGUUCCCAGGCACAUCUACGAUAAACCAGAUUGAAAGAAUCAUGAGUGCCAUUCCUCCACCUAUUCAUGAAGAUAUAUAUUCAAUAAAAUCGGACUAUGGAGCUUCAGUAAUCCAGAGAAUGUUGUCAAGGUCCAGAAUUCCCCUUGAAGACUUGCUGCCUCCCUCAGUGCCCCCAGAUGCCCUUGAUCUGCUGCAGAAGCUGCUGGUAUUCAACCCUGAUAAGAGACUCACUGCAGAGGAGGCUCUGGCACACCCCUAUGUCAGCAGGUUCCACAGCCCUGCAAAGGAGCCCAGCCUGGACUACGAUGUGGUUCUCCCGGUGGAUGAUGACACGCAGCUGUCUGUAGCAGAGUACCGCAAUAAGCUCUAUGAGAUGAUCCUGGACAGGAAGGCAAGUCUGCGGCUCCAGCGGCAGCAGGGCAGGCUGAAGGAGGCGGCCGUGGGGGAGCAGCAGGAGAGACCCCCCGAGGAGCAGAAAGAGGCCAGUCCGCCUGCCCCCGAAGCCACACUGCCGCCUCCUGGAGCAGCAGCGCAGAAAGACCGAGCCGGGACCAGUCCGGACUACAGCCCCAAGGCCACCAAGACCACUUACAACCCCAUUACACACAGCCCAGCGUCUUAUGGUGCCCUCCCUAACGGCGGUCCCAAGUCUUCCCAGAACCCCUCCACAGCAGCUCUUCAACGCGGCGCGACGGCGGGCAGGAAGCUGCCGCGUCAGACCAGCCACGAGAACGUGACGGCGCCGCCCGCAGCCUCGCAGGGACCCAACGGGCUCAAUAGUCAGGCUCCAGUGAGGGGGGCGGAGCAGCAUCGUGGCCGUUCGGCUCCAAUCGCCCGAGCCCGCUCCUUCUCUCUCACCCAGAACCGCUUCAACAACCCUCUGGUCAGGAAGGAGGAGCCCGACGUGGCCGCAGGGAUGAGUGUGGGCACUGCGCGCCUGAAUCAGAGGUCACAUUCACAGACGCGUGAGAGCAAACCUAUCCCAAAAUUCAGCAAGAAAACGUUCCAGAAUGCCUCCAAUGUUGGAGCUGCAGGGGACCCUAAGGCUAAGCUGGGCAGCUAUGCACAAGCCUACGGGACCAUUAACAAAACUGAACUGGAAAAUCUACUGCGGGUUCGCAGUAACCAGUAGCACCUUCUCCUGGGGACUGCAAUUGCAAACACUACCUGGAGGACAGGAACGUUUGGCACAAAGCUCUACAGUAAACAUGUUUUCAGAAGAAGAUUCUGUUAUCAGUGGAAACCACUGCAGUUUUUUGAGUUCCUUCACAGACACUUUGCUUUAGUAUUCCCAAUAAAUUGUCGCCUUAAUGCCCAUCACUCCUAUGAACAAACCACAGGCUUCAAACUGGAUCAUGUGAACAGGUUCUUGGACCUUGGGCAAUGCAGUCAGCAUUAAACCAUGAAGCCAGUGUUUUCAAAAAGCACAUGUCUUGCAUUUUAAAGUUUAUGUAUAGACAAAGCAUCCUAAAUUAAAUCUUACCAGCAGUAAUCCUAAAUUAAAUUACCUCAGUUGCCUUUUUUAUUUUUAUACCAUUUGUAUUUAAGUUUUCUUAUUCUUACUGUGUUUUAUCUUCAAGAAGCAAAAGCUAAGAGUUAAUUUUAGAGCUAUAUAUAUUUGCAUUUAUACAAAGUUUUGUAGUUUGCAUUUAUACAGAGUUUUGUAGUUUUCUACAAGUCCGUGAAGAAAUGUCAUAUAUCUACAGGAAAAUAGUCUAAAAUUAUCCAUGCAUCUCUCUUUUGAUACGUCAGCUAUACCAUUGCAUCUCUUAUUUAUAUACUUUCCCAUAAGAAACUAUAGUCCUGUUUGUUGGUAACAAGUUUAAAAUCAUACAGAAAAUCUUUAUAAAAGUAAUAUAAAAACUGUAUAGAGAGCUUUAUUUUCCUGCUCACUUCUUAGUCUUUGUCUCUCAGUCAUAAUCAUCUGUGUAAGGACUAUUUUACCUGGGAGGGACUACUAAUGCAACAUUCUAUGCACUUGCAAUUUUUUUAUAGUUGAAAGCAACAUUAAUUCCAUGCCGGUUUGUAAAAUACAAUUAUUGAGAGCCCGAAAACAACUUACUCUGUCAGUCAGAGGUUGAAAAAAUGCAAACUAGGAAAUAAGUGCCUUGUUUAAAAUACGGAUGGAAUGUAAAACAAAAUGAAAUGGAAACAUGAAAAAAAUAUUUAAAUAGUGUAAAAUGGUCUUGUUCAAUGGCAGUGGUUCUCUUUGCACUAUUCUCAGGAUUUGUUUUUUAAAGAUCCAUGCCAUAUUACAAGACAAGGAAGUAGAUUCAGCCAAUUUUCCCAGCAUAGUUUUGCGUCCCUGAUACAAAUGGAUGUCGUCCUGUGGUUCAGAUAUAAGCACCAUCUUCUCCCUGUGCUGUGGACAAGGCCUAGUGACCAGAAAUAGAUGUCAUAGUCACAUGGCUUCCCUGUCAGGGCUGCUAAGUGUAAUGUGGCAGGGCCUUUAUGAAACUGUGACACUGUUUCAUAAUGUCCUGAUUAUAAUGUUAAUGUGUAUUUUUGGAUUGGGAAGAUAAUGGUUUUAUGACAUUUAGUUCAUAAAACCAUUUUAUGGUUUUAUACUAGUAGUAUUUUAUACUAGGUCAGGCUUUUAAAAACUUAACAGUUGUUCAGGGAAUGUUGUAUAAACCAUACCUAAAAUUGGUAAACAAUAUUCAUGUUGGAGAAAUUAUAUUGGUCUUGCUUAACAAUUAACCGUUGAAAGCAGUUAUACAGUAGAUAAGUAUUCAGUGGGAUAUAAAUAGAUACAUAUCACAGAAUCUGUUAUAAAAUCAUAGUGUUGCUGAUUCCAGCAGCCAACAAUCAAAACUUUAAAUUUUAUCUACUACAUCAAGUCUGAAACUUUUGCUUCCUUCUGGUUUACCCCGGCUCUGUAAGAAGGCUGCAACAGAGAAGGGUAGUUAUUUGUGUAGGACGGAUAAAAUUGUGAACUAUGCAGCCAACAAUCCAGCUGGGUUGUUAAAACCUUUGGAAAAUGAAAUGCUUAAAGAUUUUGUCUAGGUAUUUUCAGAUUGUGCUUAUGAAUAUAUAAAUGACUUUUCUUUUUUUCUAUUUAAAAACACAACCCUUUAUCGUUUUAAACUGUAUUUGGGAAAAUUACCUGUUGAGUCAUUGAAAAACUGUUGUUGUUUUUUUAAUCUCGCAGGUCAUGCCAUUAGGAAACAUUCCUAAAUAUUAAAUGUUUAAAGAAAUAUACUUUGACUUGUUUGUUUUGCUUAAAUUGCUGACUUUUACUUUUUACUGGCAACACUAAAAAUGUUUUUCCCUAAAAUAAGCACUUCAUUAGCCAGAAGAAAUAUUUAAUAGUUGGCCAGCAGAAUGGCAAUUCAGAUAGAUGAACUGCAAGAAACAAAAGAACUAUCAAAUAAUAGUCACAAUUAAGAGUUAUGUAAAGCAGUAAAGAGUAACAGUGGUAGAAAAUAAAACAAUUUUUCUUUCCUUGUAAACUAGAAACUACUAGAUCUACAAAAUUAAAAAGCUAUUUAACAAUCUGUAGCAGACUUUGAAUAACCAAAUUGGAAUAUACUGUACCUCUUAAAACUGAAACGCUUCUGUGUUUUUGAAAUAAUGGUAUUUUAUUCUCUUUCUGUGGUGUACUUAAUGUAUUCUUAUUGUAACUUUUUGAAAGGCCAGUAUACACUGAGAAAUGUGUGUCAAUAAAUAUGUACAGUAUUUUAAAAUCGGA